UUUAUGGAGGAACCAGUUCGGUGCAGCGUUGCCUGGACACGUCCCGGUGCCUCCCAACGUCUGGAACGAAAGCAGCGGUUUCUGUUUUGUUAUUACGGGCACACGCAGGCAUUAUCCAGCAUGGCGGCCAAACGCACAAUCCGACGGAAUAAAACGGCCAUUCAGGCGACUUUGUGUGCAGACUACAGACUAAUUCUCAACAAGGUGGACGAGAAGGAGCUGAUAACUUCUCGGGAGUACAGAAACCUCACAAGCAUCAGCAGAGAAGAUGUGGAGGGCCACGUCAUGAAGCUUGUGGACAAGAUCAUGGAUAAAGGAGAUGACACCUGCCGGAAGUUCCUGGACCUCCUGCAAACUGAUGAGGAGAUUAAAAGCACUUACCCUGAGCUGAAGGAGAUACAGUGGACCAACACCAGCCUUUCUACACCAGUCCAAACCUCUUCAGCUAAACACAGCGAUGGUCCGUCACAAAAGAAGAGGCGUAAAGAGGAUGAUCAGUACCAGCUGAACAGCCGGCCCACUGGCCUCUGCGUCAUCAUGAACAACGAGAACUUCAAGUGUAUGAAGCAAAGACGUGGAACCAACAAAGAUGCCCAAAGUUUGGCAGAGGUGUUCAGCUGGCUGGGCUUCAGAGUGCUGAUGUGUAAAGACCAACCCAGCGACCAGAUGGAUCAGGCACUGAAGUGCUUCGCCUCCCUCAGUGAUCUCUCUCAGCUGCAUGAGUUCAAUGUGAAGGAGUGGUCUGGCACCAAAUUCACUGAUAUUAAGGAGGCUCCUCCAUCACUUAAACAUGGCGAUGCCUUCAUUUGCUGUAUUUUGAGUCAUGGAGAGAGAGGUGCGGUCAAGGGGAUUGAUGGGAAGUCCCUCCCCAUUAAACAAAUAACUAGAACCUUCAAGGCGACCGACCAAUCGGCCCUCACUGACAAGCCCAAAGUGUUCCUGAUCCAGGCCUGCCAGGGAAAGCAGGCACACCUGGGAGUGUUGUCGAAAGAUCUGGAGGCUGAUGAUUCUCAGUCACUAUACAUUCCUGAGGAAGCCGAUUUUCUGGUGGUCAUUUCAACUGUUGAAGACUACAAAUCGUUCAGACACAUAAAAGAUGGGAGCUGGUUCAUCCAGUCUGUGUGUCAGCAGCUAAAGGAGGGCUGCUCCAGGGGUGACAACAUGACGACCAUACUCAGCUGUGUGAACAAUGAAGUGAGCAAGAAAGAAGCAGUAAAGGAGCAACCUGGAAAAGUGAAGCAGAUGCCUGAAGUUAGGUUCACCCUGAGGAAGAGACUUGUGUUGACACCACGUCAUUAUUGACGGGGGGAGGGAUUUCUUAAACAUGUUUUCUACCUUUUUUUAUCGUUUUAAAUCUUUUAUUUUUCUAAAUCAUCACUCUGAACCACUGUCUUCUAUACAGUCACAGACGUGUGCCUCAGAAUAAAUCUGUUUUGAUUUUGA